AUGGAAAUAAAACAAGAAUUAAGUGAAACUUGUAAAAUAGAAACAGAGACAUGUGAUGGUCCCUUGGAUGCCUUCAAAAUUGAAAUUAAAGAAGAACCCAAGAGAGAAAGUGCAUACCACGCAUUUGAUUAUUUAGGUUUAGAUGAACCUUUAAAUGAAUUCCCCAUAAACACUGAAGUAGAACAAGAUGAGUAUAAAUUUACACUAUUUGAAGAAAAGCAAACAACAAAUGAAGAAAGUUCUUCGCAGGAGAAGAAUAAAACGGAAAUUCUGGAAAUCGUACAUUCAUCUCAGAAAAGAAAAUAUACAGAUCAACACACCGAAGGAAAAAUAUUAUAUAAAAACAUGAAAGUUGCGACUGGACAAAGACCUUACAAGUGUGAAAAUUGUUUUAAGGCGUUUCACGUAGCAUUUAAUUUAAAACGACAUUUGAGAACUCACACUGGAGAAAAACCUCACAAGUGUGAAAUUUGUUUAAAGCAGUUUGCUGAUAUAAGUAAUUUAAGAACACAUUUGAGAAUACACAGUGGGGAAAAACCUUACAAGUGUGCAAUUUGUUCAAAGCAGUUUACUACAACAAGCCAGUUAAAAACACAUUCGGUAAUACACUGUUUAGAAAAACCUUAUCAGUGUGAAAUUUGUUUUAAGCAGUUUGGUGCACCAUUCGAUUUAAAAAGACAUUUAAGAACUCACACUGGAGAAAAACUUCACAAGUGUCAAAUUUGUUUAAAGCAGUUUGUUGAUAAAAGUAAUUUAAGAACACAUUUGAGAAUACACAGUGGGGAAAAACCUUAUAAGUGUGAAAUCUGCUUAAAGCAGUUUACUACAGUAAGUUAUUUAAAAAUACAUUUGAGAACGCAUACUGGAGAAAAACCUCACAAGUGUGAAAUUUGUUUAAAGCAGUUUACUGCAACAAGUCAUUUAAAAACUCAUGCGGUAAUACACAGUUUAGAAAAACCUUACCAGUGUGAAAUUUGUUUUAAGCAAUUUGCUAUAGCAUUUGAUUUAAAAUGACAUUUAAGAACUCACACGGGAGAAAAACCUUACAAGUGUGAAAUUUGUUUAAAGCAGGUUUCUAAUAAAAGAAAUUUAGAAACACAUUUGAGAAUGCAUAGUGGAGAAAAACCUCACAAGUGUGGAAUUUGUUUAAAGCAGUUUUCUGAUGAGAGAAAUUUAAAAAAACAUUUGAGAACGCACUCUGGAGAAAAAUGUCACACAUGCGAAAUCUGUUUUAAACAGUUUAGUUCAGCAUUCAGUUUAAAAAGACAUUUUAGAACUCACACUGGAGAAAAACCUCACAAGUGUAAAAUUUGUUUAAAGCAGUUUGCCGAUAAAAGUAAUUUAAGAGCACAUUUGAGAAUUCACAGUGGGUAA